UCCUUCUUUUUUUCCCUUCGAAUAAUCAAAUUGAUUACUACAGUCUUACAGUAUUAACUCUCUAGAGUCACUUAUCAAUGGAGAAAUUGAGGAAAAUGGUGAACCAAAUUGCCUAUACACCACCGCAAGACAGGCUCCGUGCACUUUCCAUACUCCAAUUCUCUCUCAUCCCUCUUCUUUCACUAGCUUCCACUCUCUAUAGCUUCGCACUUCCUCUCCGCCAUCGCCUUUACCAUCUUGGUCUGCUUCACAAAGACAGGUUGCCGGUGCCAGUGAUUAGCGUUGGGAAUUUAACUUGGGGAGGUAAUGGGAAGACCCCAAUGGUUGAGUUUCUUGCAGUUUGGUUGGCUGCUGUUGGAAGUUCACCUCUUAUUCUAACAAGGGGUUAUGGUGGUGCAGAUGAAGCAAAAAUGCUCCAAAGGCAUCUGUAUGGAACACCUGUGAAGAUAGGAAUAGGUGCAAACAGGGCCAAUACAGCUGCCUGUUUUCUGAAAAGAUAUGGCCACAUCAGCCCUUGCAAGCACGGUGACACUGGUGUGGAAAGACUUUGCUCUGAUAACAAACAAGGAAAUUGUUCUUAUUCUGACCAAAUCGGGAUUGCAAUCCUAGAUGAUGGUAUGCAGCAGCAUAUCAGUUUGUGGCGUGACGUCGAGAUUGUGAUGGUGAAUGCAAUGAUUCCAUGGGGGAACCAUCAGUUAAUUCCACUUGGACCAUUAAGGGAACCCUUGGCCGCACUCACACGUGCAGAUACAGUUGUAAUACAUCAUGCAGACUUGGUCUCAGAAAAGGAUGUUGAGGCCAUAGCAUUAGAAAUCCGAAAAGUAAAAAAAUCUCUUCCUAUAUUCUUGAGCAGAUUGGCGCCUUUGUACUUUCUUAAAGCUGGCAACAUGUCUUGCAAAUUGGCUUUGAUGGACAUCCGCAAUACACUUGUCUUAUGUGUCUCAGCAAUUGGACCUACUGAUUCUUUUGUUGAGAGGAUAAAGAAGCUGGGACCUGCGUAUGUUGAUCGCCUGGACUUCAGUGAUCAUCAUUUAUUUCAAGCUAAGGAUAUUGACUUGAUCAGAAUGAGACUUCGGAAUCUUCAAUCAGAGUUUGCUAGGAAGCCUGUUGUUGUUGUAACAGAAAAGGACUAUGAUAGAGCUCCUGAGGUUCUUAAGUAUUUAGAUCCAUAUGAAGUGUUGGUUCUUUGCUCCAGCUUGCAAAUUCUACCUCAUAAUGGAAACACAGAAGAUAGCUUUAAGAAGUGUCUGUGGCAGCAUUUGGAAGUUAGCAACAAGGUGUAAAAUAUGGUAUAAAACUUCUUUUGAAAGUCAUAUAAACUUCAAUCCUUGCUGCUCUGAGUGGUGAUCUUGAAAAACUGUGAUUGAGGUGACAUGAUCGUACGAGGUCACCUUUCACCUAACACAAUCUUCCUGGGUGAGCUAGAAAUGGGGAUUGGACGUAGGCAAAAUUCCCGCCAAUUGUUGAGAUGUAGAGUCGACUUCCUCUCCCUUUGUGGAGGGUGAGGGUCUUGAUCCUUGCAACUGAACAGAAAAGGGAAGACCCAGUCAGGGAUGGAGUUGAGUAUGAUAUUGAAAUGUAACAACUGUGUAGGAGUACAAGCAAGUUUUGUAAGAGUAUAUUUUAUUUUAUUAAUUACUAAAAAAUUACUAUUUUUCUAUUGAAAAUUUCAA